CUCUUUUACCGUGGUGUUUCUAUGUAUCGAUGACUCUCAUUGAAGAAGAUGACAUUUCAUCGAUUUAUUACUCAUGUGAUGAAGACGAAGAAGAAUCUCUUCAAAUUGACGACAUUGAUUUCUCGGAUGAUCAAGGUCCGUUCGACAUUAUUCUAGUAGAUAUUAGAAAAACGGCUGAACAGGGGCGUGUUUACUGCGAAAAAAUGGAGAUCUUAGGUGAGCAGACAGUGGACUAUAUCGCUUUGUCAUAUCGAUGGGGAGAGCUAGACGAGCAAUAUGUACCAGCCACUGAUGAUUAUUAUGCCCACGUUAUUUCUUUUCAUUUGUAUGAUUUUUAUGCCUUGUGCAGGCGCAUGCUCCAUGAACCUGACUUGAAAGAUGUUAAAUACGUAUGGGUGGAUGCUAUCUGUGUCGACCAGGGCAAUGAUCAACGUAAAAAAGCUACCAUCUAUCGGAUGACUGAUAUCUACAAAAAUGCGACAUAUAUUGUUGCUGUGCCUGAUCUACACAAGUAUUCAUUGAUCACGAUCAGCGAUUCAAAUGAAAGGAUGUAUGAACAAGUUCACAAACAUCGGUGGUACAUUUACCAUUUUAUCCAUGAAAAUAUCCAACAGCUGCAUCGACUUGAUGAAGAUUGGAGAUAUAGACUGAAAAAUCCAUCUGAUGACACUCGACAGGAAUAUAAAAAGAAAUUAAAAGUUGGGAGAUUUUUAUUGGAUUCUGAGGAUAAAGAAAUUGAGGCCUGGGAUAUUCUAUCCAAGCAAAAUCAUAAUGAUGAUCAUAAUCUACAACACUGGAUAACUAUGUACAGGACAAUCACGGAAAAACUAUUGGAAGAAAAUAGACAAGAACGAAUAAAGGAUGUCAUCUAUUACCUAGAAGGUUUAUUUCGAGAUUGGUCCAAUCGAGCAUGGGUCAUCAGUGAAUAUAGUAUUGCCAAGGAACAGAACAAAGGGAAAAUGAAAUACUGGUUUAUCCAUCUCGACAAAGAAGAUGAUUUUUAUGGCGAACCUUUCUUUACAUUGAAUUUUAAUCGUUCAGAUGAAUUGUAUCCUGAUAUCCCAGACUAUUGGUAUUUUCGAGUAUUGGGGGACUACCACAACUCUAUCAUGUCCAAUACUGUCAAACGCACAUUUCUAGACAUGAUGCUCAACUCGCGAGCCACCAAAAACGAAGAUCGAUUCCAUGCCAUACUACCUUUAUCAUCAAAGUACGACAAGAUCAAAAGAUCCAAGGAUACCAUCUCUAGCUGGAACAUAUCAGAUAUGAAAUCCGUCAAAUUGAAGUUGUAUGAAAUCCUAGACAUGGAAGACAAGCUUUAUUUGCUUCAAGGUUGCUCUAAAGAAAUACAAACUCUCUUGCCUACUUUUGUGUCUAAAUUUGACCCUGAUACCAUCCAUUAUUUUACCUAUGUGUCUUCUCUCCGUUCAUCCGAGUUCAAUUUUGAUUUUAGCGACGCCAUCCAGUUUGAAUCUAAUAGCAAGUGUGGAGAUUAUCAAGGUCCGUGUCUUCACUUGCGGCCUAAAAAGUACUACAUACAUCCGAUGGAUUCAUUAUUGCAGGAGGAGGUAAAAGAGUAUAAUAGAGUACUCAAGGAGCUUGGUUUUGAACGUAUGGAUGAGUCUUUCAAGUUUGCGACAAUCUCAUCAUUUUAUGCUGAUGAUGACAGCGACAUCACUGAUCUAUAUGAGGACUUGGUGAUUCAACUUUUUGGCAGCAUCACCAAGAAUGUUUGGAUAUUGUGUUCGUUUGAUAUGGAUGACGAGCGAUUGUCUCGACAGGUCCAUGUCAACAAGGAUUACGUCUUUUCCGUUUAUUAA